CUCAGGGCUUUCUUAAUUAAAGUGCAAAUCCCUACAUUAGUGAUAAAUCGAGCUUGUUGGAAAAGUGUCCUCGGGUGGGAAUGCGCCCGUUCUUGGUGUAGAAAGGUGUUGGGAAAGUCGAAACGGGCGAUCGAUUACGUCGCCGCCCUACCCGUUCAUCGUCAAGUGUUUGGACACGCUCUGAUUAUUUCGCUCACCAUGGACUCCGCGCCGGACCGGAGCUUCGCGAUGGAGUACUUUGCCAAUCUGAACGAAAUUUCCAAAAAGAUUGCCAUCGAUAUCGAGGAAAUCCGCAGCGCUUACGAACACAUUUGGGACGACCUGAGCCGCGAGGAGCAGAUGGAGAUUGUGAACGAGACGAUCAUCAAGCCCGAGCUGGCGCUCAAGUAUUUCGACAGCUUCUCCACGUCGUCCGAUUCCCUGCAGCGAAUCCUGGGCACGGUCGACGAUGCCGCUGAUGACGACCGGAACGCCAACCUGUACGAUGGGAAGGAGCUGCAGACGUUUCAGUAUGUGCGCACCGGACGCAAAGCGGUGACCGAUGACAGCAUCGGAAUGUUCCGGGACGAACAUUCGGCGCCCUUCUCGCACAAGACCAAAAGCCAAAUUAAUCUGACGAUUUUCCCACCGGAAAAAGACUCGAAAACGGGCGCGGGCGUCAAGGGAGUCAUGAUGGCGAAGAAGCUACUGCUGAAGUCACCGAAACUGGACGAUGCCAAUUGCAACGGAGUGAAGGGCAAGGAGGGAGUGCAUGUGUUAUCGAAGGGGCACAAAAGUGAGACGGCGGCCGGUGGAGGGCCGCUGUUCGAUAGUGAGCGGAACAUUCUGUCGUCCGAUGAGACUGGCAUGAAGGGCGGGUCGGCGGGAUUUUUGACCAAAUUCAACAAUCUCAUCUUUAACCAAACACCCAUCGAGAUGACGACGGCUGAGUCGGCCGCCUCCAUGGACGGUAGCGACGAAGUCGAUGGCGCGAUCGAUCAGGACGAAUUCGACACCGACAACGAUAAGGUGAAUCUAUUCAGCAAGAGCUCCAAAAACGAGUGCCUUCACCGUGCGCAGUCGUCUUCGGUAGAGGAGGAUGACAAAAACUACGACGAGCUAAACAGUUUGCUCGGCACCAGCAAAGGCUUCGAUUUCCUGAACAACUGGUAAUCGGUCCGCAAAGGUCAGCGUGGCGCGUAACCUCUUGCCUCGGCCAGCUCUUUCCUCUAGUCGCUAUAGUUUGCAAUGAACGUGCACCUCUUAUUAAGUACCUACGUUCGUCUGGUAAAAACUGGUAGAGUCCCAAAGUUAUUGCGCGAAAAGUUACGCUACGUUCGACGUGUUCGAUUGCUCUCUUAGUUCUUUGGAGCCGAUGAGGUCUUUUUAGGUUUUUACAAACUUUGUCUCUACGUUCCUUUUUGCCUUGCACUCUCUACCUUCAGUUGAGCGAUCAUAACUUAUUCCAAAGGGAAUCGUUCUCUUUGAAAAAUACUCAAAAGAAAACAAAUUGAACAAUAUCAAAUUAUCCUAAUAGACUGAGAGAACUACAUGCACUGUGGCAGAAAGUAGGGAAAGCGUUGAUUCACGUUCGAGCGGACUUGACUUUGGGUCCACCGAGCAAUGAACACCUUUUCCUGACAACCAUUUCCAACGUGCUCAUUACAAGGACGAAUGAUGCAGGUAUCACUGUAAGCCAUUGCUCUCCCACUAGAGAUUAGAUUUAAGAUCACCAAUGAACCACGUAGCUCAACGAGUCGGUGAUGAUCGAAACGAUCGUGAUUGCUCGUUUAUUCGUUCGCAUUACUUUACCUUAGGCACACGUGUACGGAACCGGGAGCUUCCCGAGCUUGGAGUAGGAUCCAGUAUUUAUUCAUGAUACCCAUUCAUCAAAUUUGUGCACACGCAGAUAUAUCGGUAAACUGUAAUACCUCAUCUUCACCACUUAGAGCCUAACGAUUAUAUACCGAAAGACGAUGGUACACUCACAUUUUGUAUACAUUAUAUACUUACGGCUCUUGUAGGGAGAGCCAAUAAAGUGUAGAAGAAUAAA